CUAAUCCGCUCGCCUCGGCUUCUCCCCCACAAAACCCAGACCCACGCCCGCGCUGCCUCCUCGGCGAGAGCCGCGGCCAUGGAGCUCGCGACCGCCACCCGCGCCCGCAGCUGCGUGUCCUCCAGGCUCGCAGCCCCGCGGCGCAAUUGCUCCUUCCUCCCCUCCUCCUCCUCCUCGCCGUUCGCCCCGCUCUCCACGUCGGCCUCCGCGUCGCGGGCGCAGGGGAGGCGGCUCCCCGUCGCGUCGGCCGCCGUGGAGCUCCGCGAGGCUUCGUCGCAGGGUGGAGACUCCGUCCGCGUCACCGAGACGCUGCAGCCCGGAUCCAGUGUCAAGUUCAGCGUGGAGGUGCCUCCUUCCAUAUGCCAGCAGUGCUAUGAAACUACUCUACAAGAGUACUCCAAACGCUUCAAGAUUCCUGGAUUUCGUCCUGGGAAAGUAGUUCCGGAGAACGUACUUAUAAACUAUGUAGGACCAAAACAUGUACAGGAUGCUACAAUUGAAGCUAUCUUGAGGCAUACACUUCCUCAAGCAUUGUCCUCGGUAGAGGACAGAGCAUUAGAAGAUUCUGUACGCAUUCUAACAAAGUUUGAAGAUAUGGCAGAUUCAUUCUCUCUUGAUAAUGUUUUUAGAUAUGAUGUUUCUGUGGAUGUUGUCCCUGAAGUGAGAUGGUUAUCUGAAGACAAAUAUAAGAACCUCAAAGUGGUUGUGGAAAUAGAUGAAAUUGUUGAUGCUGAAAAGGCAGCUGAGGUAGAGCUUAAGCGUCGUCAUAAAGCUCUAGGGUUACUUCGAAUAGUUGCUGAGAGAGGGCUGCAGGUAGGUGAUCUGGUGGUACUUGAUAUAUUAGCAGAAAGUAUUACCAGUGACGGCUCUAAAGGUGAAAAAAUACCUUCAGCUGAGAGUAAAGGUUUCCACUUGGACACCGAGGAAAAUAAUAACCUUGUUCCUGGUUUUCUUGGUUCGCUAAUUGGUAUUCGUCCUGGUGAGACUAGAUCAUUUCCUCUUCAGUUCCCUGAGUCCUUUGAACAAGAAAGUCUGCAAGGUGUCCGUGCUCAAUUUACCGUUGUGUGCAAAGAGCUCUUCUACAGAGAGUUGCCAGAAUUGGAUGACUCACUUGCUGGAAAGCUCCUUCCAGGAUGCACUACCAUGGAUCAGGUUCAAGAACGCAUUUUGCAAAGAUGUAAAGAAGUUGAGAAAACAGCGAUAGAACAAGCAACAGAUAAUGCAAUCCUUGAUCAGCUGGGAAAGUUAGUUGAGGUUGAUGUUCCACGUGCCCUAUUUCAAGAACAAGGCCAGCAGUUGUAUGGAGCUAAACUUCUACAACUACAGGCAGAAAGGAAGCUAGAUAAGGACCAGCUGGCAUCCCUUUCAAGCCAAAAGUCAGUUCAGGAUUACCUAGAAAGUGAGAGAGAGAACAUUAAUAGAAUCAUAAAACAAAUGUUGGCUGUUGGUGAAAUAUUCAAGGCUGAAAAUUUACAGUAUUCGACCGAGCAACUUGUCAAGGAAGUUGAGAACUCUAUAGAAGAGUUCAAACGUUAUAAUCAAGACUAUGAUGAGGGGAACAUCAAGCAGCAGGUUCAGGAUGUUCUAGAGGCAGCAAAGGUGCUUGAAUGGCUCAAGGAGAACUGCAAAAUUGAGUACAUCAGACGAUGAGUCAAAAAUGUUAUAGCCUGUCUGAAUUGUCGAAGACAGCUGGCGGUGCAAAUUUUUGCGGAGCUACCUUGGUUCUACUCGUACAGUUAGACUGAAUGAAGGCCUGAAGGGUUUUUGCCUGCCAAUGCAAUAUAGAGUUUGUUUUUUGUUUAUAGCCAAAAAGAAAAGGAAAUAUUACACAGAUUGUAAACUUCAUCCAAAUUCUUUGUGUUAUACAUCUAUAAAUUGAACAUGCUACAUAUAAUUAAUUCCCCAUGAUAAGUUGAUCAUAAAUGAUGCGUUCUACUUGUUCAUCGCGGCUUAA